CCCAAGACAAACGUCAAAACGCGGGUUUGUUUUGGAAUCUUCGGAGUCGCCACGAUUUUGCAUAAAAUUGCAAUUUAUUGGACUUGUUUCUUGUUAAAAUUUGUGAUUUAUCCGUCUUUCGGGGCUAGCAGUGUGAUUGAGAAAAAUGUCCGCUACACAGCGAGUUCAGCAAUGGGCUACGUUCGCUCGGCAAUGGCACAUAUUCGAUUGCACCUGGCAAAACCCGUUCGAGGCGGCGUCGCUCAUAAGAAAGCAUCUAAUGGGCCUCCAUAAGCCAAUAUACCAUCCAUUAAAUGACUGCGGAGACCACGUAGUGGUGAUCAACACGUCGGAAAUAGCUCUGCCUGGCGAUGAGUGGAAAAAACGUGCCUAUUUCCAUCACACCGGAUACGCGGGAGGCGCCAGUUGGACACUCGCCUGGCAGCUGCACGAGAAAGACCCUACCAUGAUCAUGAAGAAAGCCGUUUACCGUGCAAUGAAGGGCAAUCUGCAACGACGAUACACAAUGCAAAGGCUGCAUCUGUUCAAGGAUGAGGAGGUGCCCAAAGAAAUACUGGAAAAUGUUACCAAUCAAAUACGACAGCCACGCCGGGUACCGGAACGGUUGGACAAAAUCGACGAGGAAGUUGUUCGCAACUUCCCCAAGAUCAUGGACUACCCUCAGGAUUACAUUCUUCGAUAGGAAAGCGGCCAUGGCCGUUCAGUGGCCCGUGUAGUUUGUCAACGGAUGCUGUUCGAUAGCGAAAUAAAACAACCGUUU